AUGGCUCAACAUCAACGGGAAAGAACUCUUAUUGGCGUCAUUGGCGAUGAGGACACUGUGACUGGCAUGCUUUUGGCUGGUAUUGGCCACAUCGAUUCUAAGCAGCAGCCCAACUUUUUAGUUGUUGAUUCAAAAACUCCCUUGCCAAAAAUCGAAGAAAUGUUCGAGGAGCUUACCAAACGCAAGGAUAUGGCAAUUAUUCUGAUUAAUCAGCAUAUUGCAGAGGACAUUCGUGCACAAUUAGAAGCUCACCACCAGGCGUUUCCAACAGUUCUUGAAAUCCCGUCAAAAGAUCAUCCCUAUGAUCCGUCCAAAGAUUCAGUUCUCAAGCGUGUUCAAAAGCUUUUCGGAGAGGAAAAGUAGCGCUAUUUGUUCAUCUGCUUACAACUUCCCAGUAAGGCUGAUUUCCCCUUUUCUGGGGUUGGAACUAGAAUUCAACCAUGUUAUUGUUUGGAUCUAUGAUACUUGAUGGUAUCAUCCAGUCGCUUUAGUCAUUCUUUUUCUCGCACUCAUCCAUUUAUUUCUCUCAUUCUUAUCGCUGCCAGUCAAUCUGUUCUUUCUGUUAUGAUAUCCACGUUGUUCUUGCACAAUGAGAUUGCAAGUUUUCAUCCAUAUCUG